AUGCUCCGUCCUUCUGUCCUGCACCCCGUCUCUCUCCUCGCCUUCCUGCGCCAUCUCAUCGACCACCAUGCGCCGCCCACCUCGCUCGUCGUCUGUUCAUCUCGCGCCGACUUCGAGCAGUUGCUACACCGUCUCGCAGAGGACGCCCGCACUUCUGAGCGCGUAGCGUCUGCAGGAACCCAGGAUAGCCAAGAGCACAGUCCGUCCCCGCCACCUCCACUUCUGGAUGAGCUUCUGAUGCCCACAAUCCACAACCUCUUCACGACCUCGACCAUCCAUGUCACUUUCUGCGCAAGCCUGGAGGCUCUCAGAGCGUACCUUUCCUCUUUGACGACCAGAGCGUCUGGCGACCCGGCGUCACAGCCUACUCAGGCGAGCACGUCAUUCGGCGGCCCCACCAGCAGUUACCCCAUUCUAGCUCUCCUGAAUCCGAUUGCUCUGCACAGGGAGACAACGUCGUUUUCUGCCCAAGGCUUGAGUCGUACGCUUGCGGUCGCCGUUGAGGCAGCCGCAUUUAGAAAGCAGAAGUUAGUGAUCACAGAGUGUCCCAUACCUCAUCACCUUCACCGAAGAAGGAACGAGCCUUGGACGGAGGAAGAGGAGGCCCUACUUGGUGCUGAGUUUGGUGUGGAGGAAGGUGCAGAAGGGGAUACAGAGCAAAGGGACAGAGAAGGCGGCACAGCAACCGACGACUCUCUCAUGCCCGGGACCGCAAUUGAUAGAGAUCCGUGGGCUGAAAAGCUAUCCAUAUUGAACGUCACCACAAAGAGCUUUGGCAUCGGCGACCGAGCGUGGGCUGGACGUACUGUGACGGCAAGAUCGGUAGCAGAACGAUGGUGCCACUUUGAAAUGCUCCAUUAG